GCCACACUUGCAAAUGUUUGUUUAGAUGGCGUAUUUUGGGUUGAGCAAAGUGCAACCACUGGAAAGAGGGAGCUCUACUUCCAUUCCUGUAAGCCUUCAUCGACAAGCGUCAGAUGGGCUCCUCAACAGUCUGUGCAAAACUGCGUUCAUGAAUACGGUGGUGGGUCAUUUCUUCCGCUCAGUGACGGCUCAGUCAUCUACAGCACAAUAGAUGGUGUGUUUCACCAGAAAGCACCGGAGGCACCACCUGUUCAGUUAGCUGACUCGAAUGAGAAGAAGCUACGGUAUGCUGACUUUUCCGUAUCUGGAACUCACAUAUUCUGUGUGAACGAAUCUCAUCUACAGCCUGGGGUUGAUCCAGAGAAUCGAAUAAUCUCAAUCGAUAUGGUGACAAAAGAGCAAAAAGUUGUGGCAAGCGGAGCAGAUUUCUAUGCCUCGCCUCGCGUAUCAGCGGACGGUAAGAGAUUAGUAUGGAUGCAAUGGAAUCAUGUGAACAUGCCAUGGGACGAAACAUCAAUUCACCUUGCUGUAUUACACGACGAUGGUACCAUUUCCAAUGAAAUCAACUACUAUUGUCCUAGUUGGGAAGAGCAAGAUUUACUCAUGAUAAAUGACUCCACCAAUUUUUGGAAUCUUUACGAAGUUGACUUAGGAGAAGAGUUUAAGGAGAAAAGUGUGUUCCCUGUCGAUCAUGAAAUAGGAUAUCCGCUUUGGCAACUUGCCGAUCGACCGUAUGCCUCUAAUGGAUCCUGUAUUAUAAUGAAUGUCAACGGACGUCUAAUGCUACGACGCGAUAUGGCCGUAAGAGAAGUGCCAACACCAGGAUACACAGUGUUCUCACAUUUGAGCAUCACAGAUGCUGAUGUGGCCUAUGCAAUCGCAUCUGGUCCGAGGAAGGCAUCAUGUGUGUUACAAAUCGAUUUAUCCAAAGAAGAAUCGGAGCCAACCAUUGAUGUGAUACGUACCGCACGUGAUGACAAAGAUAUAGAAGCUCUCGAUAUUUCCGAACCAGAGCAUCUAGAAUUUCAAUCCGACGGUGUUCCGGUGUCAGCUUGGUUCUACAAGCCCAAGAAUCGCCACUUUACCGGUCCUGCGGCUAUGCUGCCACCAGUACUGGUUCUAGGCCACGGUGGUCCAACUGCUGUUGCUGUGAAUUCACUGGACUUGAAGAAGCAGUUCUUCACCUCGCGAGGCUUCGCUGUGUUGGACGUUAACUAUCGUGGAUCGACUGGAUUUGGCACUAAUUUCAGAAAUAUGUUGAAGGGUCAAUGGGGUGUGGUCGACCGUGAUGACAUGAUCGCAGCAGCUCGUUCGGUAAUAGCACGGCGACUUGUUGACGCUGAUAAGGUGUGCAUUCAAGGGAGUUCGGCAGGAGGUUAUCUCGUACUAUCCGCACUGAUUCACUCGGACGUCUUCAAAGCAGCGGUCUGCGCGUACGGAGUGGCAGACCUAAUAGGACUAGCAAAGGAUACCCACAAAUUCGAACGAGGAUACAACCAAACACUCAUUGGUAAGUAUCCAGAAGAAGAACAAAUCUACAAGGACCGUAGCCCGAUUAAUCACAUUGACCGACUACAAACUCCGAUCGCAUUUUUGCAUGGUAAGGAGGAUACAGUAGUGCCUGUCAGUCAGAGUAUUGAAAUGUAUGACAAGUUGCGAAAGAAGGGUGUCACAACAGCAUUAAUGCUCUUCGAAGAUGAAGGGCAUGGUUUCCGCGGUCCGGAUGCGAUAAGGCGAAGCACCGAAGCGACGUAUGUCUUUCUAUGUAAAGCCCUAGGAAUCAAGCCGUCGAUUUCAUCUGAUGUAAGUGGACUUCAGCUUUCGAAAUAG